GAACAGUGCAGCGCUGCACAUCCAAUGUCUCGUUCGCCAACGGGCAGCAAGAAAGCGGGUGGCCGAGCGCCGAGUCGAAGUGAUGCGGGCCAUCCAAGAAGACGACGAAAACAACGGCGGCGAGUAUGCCGAUGACGACUUUGGCUCACCGCCGCCGUCGCGGGAACACCAGGAAUACCUGCCGAUGGUCGAUUCGGCGAUUGCGUCGCCAAAGGCUGCCGACGCGCUUGGAUCACUCUCGACGUCCCACGACGGCGUCAUUGAACACGUGGGUCGUUCAUUGGGGGCGCCCAUCGACGCUGAGAAUGCACCGGUCGACGAGUACGUCAGUGAUGACUUAAACUCCCCACCGUCGUCGGCUGCCGGUGUCGAUCGCACACAAAUGGCUGCCGUCGCACCCGACGAGACACCCAGUCGCACUCUUUUGACGUAUGCUCGAGCGUCGACACCGGCAGAGUACGACGGUGACGGGUUUGAGUCGCCGUUGCCAACGACCGAUCGGAUGCACCUCGACCCGGCGUCUUCGGAGGCAACUCUGGGCGAGAUCGACGCCGCCAGUGUUGUGCCGCCGUUGGCCUUGAACUUUGAUAUGCCGCGCGACGUUAGCGACGGGGACGACGAUGUGACACUGCCGCUGCAUGUGCCGAGUCCAUGCAAAAAAGCGAGCGCCCGCGGCGAAGAGCUCGUCAUCGAAUGCGACGACGCACCAAUGGCGACGGAAGCGACGACGACUGCUCGGCUGCAACCGGCGGGGGUUGCCCACGAACGCCCCGACUUUGAGCUCACGCCCCGCCUUCCGGACUUUACGCACGACGACGAUGCGACACUACACGUAGACGACACUGUCGAUCGUGCGGGCGACGCGUCAAUGCCACCGGUCGAGAUCGCCGUCGAUACCAGCAACCGCGAGCCGGUGGUGGGUGGCGUUGAUGCCUCGGCGGUGUCAUGUGGCGAGCUAUCAAUGUCGUUGGAGGCGGCCGACUCUGCACCGACAAACGACGGUAGUGAAGGUGCAUUGGAGUGCACUCCACCCCCAAUGGACGUGGCUGCGGACGCUGCUAUCGUCGAAGCCACGCAAGAGUCAAAUGCCGUCGACCAAUCCACGGUGAAAACGGCGGGGCUGCUGUGCCUACCGAGCUGUCGACAGAUGUUGCGGGGCGUGAGCCACCAAUGCGUGACGACGAUCCAACAGAGUCGAUGCUGGCUGCCGACGCAACAUCCGACGAGAGCAACGCGCCUGCAGUUACCAUUCCAUGUGUGUUCAUGGACAAUCUCGACAGCUCGCAUGAGGUCGAUGAGGGUACACGGACCGACAAAACCGACGCGACCGAGCACAUGGCAACCACAGAAGUUGCUGUUCCCAGCGCCCGUGGCAGUGACAACGGAGACGACGACAUGUACGAAGAAGCGUUUGACAAUUCGGCGCGCUCCACAAAUGACGAAGUAUCUACUACGGUCGACACCAAAUCGCCGUCGGACGCUACGGCGUCACCGAUGACGGAUCGUGACGCACUUCUUCAGAGUGCGCCGACAUCACCACGGUCGGUGACGGCAACCAAAGACGCCGUCGAUUCGGGCACCACCGACACGGAUGCGAUCCAAGACAGCUACCGUGACAAAGAUGACGACGAGGCUCCUUCGGAGAACGCUGUCGGUGCAUCUCGCAGUAGCACAGCGCGGUACAGCGACGACGCGUCGACACCUCGAGCGAACGACAGUGCUCUGGACGCCGGGCCGCCGAUGCCGCUGACCAGCGAACCAACGCUCGGUAACGACGGAACGUCACACGCGAAUGCAGCACAAGACGCGCUGCCGACGGCUCGCGACAAUCAAGGACUCUCGGCGCGGUAUAGUGACGACGGCGAGUUCAAUCCAGAUACUUUAACAAACGACGGCAGUGGCAAGGCCGUAGCGAUUAGCGAGCCCGGCGCGCCAUCCACCUCCACCCCACCGGUCGAGGGAGAGGACGAAGCCAUCAACCAACUUGCCGACGUUGUGGCGUCGUCGGACGUAUUGUUGCUGAGCAACGCCGAUUCUGCACCGAUCCAAGAGCCAACGUCGACGAGUGAACCGCCGGCGCUGGACGAACCUCUAAUGACAGCGGCCGUGGCUGACGUCGAUGCGGGCAACGAUGCACGCGACGACGUGUCCUAUGGCUAUGACGACGAGCCGUCAGCAAGCGGUGAUCCAUCGGCCAAGCUCGACACCGUGUCAACACAAGACGCUGUUGCAGUAGCAGCGAUAGCACGACCAGUGAAUGCGAUCGUUCCAGAUACGACCGACUUGGACGACGACAAGGACACCGGACGUUACAGCAGCGCGAGUCCUCGCUCCGAGUCGCCUUCCGCAGCAGAGAGCGUGGUGGCGUCGCCACGCGCUUCUCCGCCGACGAACACCGGCGACACCAGGGCCGAUGGUAUCGUUGCAGUUGCAAGCGACUUGGCAUCAGGCGUCGAUGCACCACUGCAAGCAUCGGCUUCCACCCCGUCGACGAUAGAGGCACACGGCACGUACGACGAGGACGAGUACUCGACCGACAUUGCCCGGGACGAAGGGUAUUGGGUAGCACCGCCGGAGGACCGCCGAGGACCUGAUACUACAACGACACCACAACCCGUGGAGCCAGCGACCUCUGGAGAUACGACGGACACGGAAGCUGUCGAUAUCACGUCCCCAUCAGCGGCGCUCAAGGUGGCUGCCAACGUUGAUGGUGACGAGGUGUACGAAGACGACCCUUACGAAAACGAUCUGGACACCGGUCGAUACAGCAGUGUCAGUGCUGACACGACCCCCGCCGAAGCGUCCGUCACUGCGCUGGACAAAACGACUAUCGGUAGCAACGAUCCGUUGUCGGUGCCAUCGGGUGCGCCGCCGACCGACGCCGACGCAACGGAGUACGACGAUGACACAGAGUUGUACGGCGACGACGAAGCAUCGCCACCGGUAGCUACUAGCGCGUUGGCAGCCCCGUCAACGGGCGCCAACGUCCCACCACCUAUGUUUACACCCAUGGGGGACACCGAGGUGGACGAGACAGUCAACGACACCGACACGAGCCGCUACAGUGACUUGGACCCAGAGUCGACAAUUGCGACCUUGGCAACGAUCGAGUCGACGUCCAUGACGGCGCCCGAGGCAAAAGCAGUUGCUCCACUUCCGCUGGAGCGUGCUGCCGGCGACGACAACACGCCUCGGUACAGUGACGACGGCAGUGCUCGCGCCGACGCAGCACCAAUGUCUCCACGCACCGUCGACCCGGUCGCUUCCAGUGACAAGCUACCAACACAGGACAACCCUUUCGAUGAGUACUCUCAAACCACAGCCCGGUAUAGCGACGACGGUGCGCCGGUGGAGCCGAUGCCGAGUCUGCCGCUGGCGUCCAAUGCCGUCACGAACGACACGUUUGAUAGUUUGUACACCCCGCCGGGCGACCACCGCCGGCCGUCACUCGCCAAGCGCGGGAGCGUCUCGUCCGUUAUGUCAUUGGACGCCUCGCCGCUGCCGUCCGACCGGUCGUAUGACAACGACUUUGACGAUCCUGCCGAGCUACUCGCACCGGACGCGACACUGCUGCACGCCGAGUCGAGUUAUAGCUUGGACGAGUUUGACGCCUAGUCGACUAGUAUAGAACUAUGUAUCCCUUGUCGCUACGCCUUAUCAAAGAGCGCG